AUGGCUCAAAAGCCCACCUCCACCAGCCAGGGCGAGCACGCUCGCCGAUGCGGACGCCCUGACCCGAUCGUUCGUCCCGCGCCAAAGCCCGGGGCCUCUGAGAUGCUGACGGCUCAGCAGCCCUCGGGGCGGGCAGCUCCGGCGCGAGGCCUGAAGCGCCGGCGCCUGGGGCCCGGAGUCGGCCCCACACGCAAAGUUUCCAAAGUUGGGGCCGCGGCGGGCGGGCGGGCCGCGCCGCAGACGGUGAGGCGGCCGGGCCGGGCCCCGGGCCGCCGCCGGGAUGGAGCCGCCCGCCCGCCCCGCCGCCCCGCCGCCCCGCCGCCCCGCCGUCCCGGCCCGCCGACCUUACCCCGCGGCCCGCCCGCUCGGCCGGCUCAGGGGCGCCGCGCGCAUCCUCCGCCGUCGUCCGCAGCGUCCAGCUCCCCGGGCAGCCCCAUGUCGGGGGGCGGGGAAGGGCCGGCGGCCGCCGCCGCCGCCGCCGUCGCCGCCGGCUGGAAAGUCCCUGCUGGGCUGCAACCCGGCUCGCGCACGCGGCGGCCGCCGGCCGCGCCGCCUCACGCACCCUCGCGCUGGCACUUCCUCUCGCGCGCUGGAAAUCCCCGCGGGCCGCCGGCGCGCGCCCCGGCGCGCCCGCCCCGCCCCCGCCGCCCGCGCGCCUCCUCGGCCCCGCCCCGGCCCCGCCCCCUCCGUGCGCGCCCGCGCCCGUUGCUAGGGACCCUCGGCCCCGCGCUCGCCGCCGGCCUUAGCAACGGCGGCGCGCGCGCCCCGGCCCCCUCCGCGCGCGCGCCCUCGCGCCCCGCCCGCGGCCCGGCCUUUCCGGGUCAAAAAGCCAGCCGGGCGCAGUCGGGCGGGCGAAGAGGGCGCCCCGCGUCGUCGCCGCCGCCGCCACCUCGACGGGCGGCCCCGACGCCGCCGCCUGCUCCGGCUCCCCCACCGUCACAUCACACCUGUGGAGGACGCCGGGCCGCGGGCGGCCGCUGA